AUGCAGACCUCUACCCUUUCUGACACACCUGAUCCUCAUCACCCCAACUGCUUGACUGUCACUCGCAAUCCCGAGCAGUAUGGCAAACUACUGUUUACGAAUGCUCCUCAGAUCGAAGAGCCUGUCCUCCUCGUACCGGAAGAUAUGGUUAACGAGCAGACCGCCCCUACGACCACCGAAAUGGACAAGUACCUUGUCGAGCUACGCCACCAGUGGGCCGUCUUCGCAGCCUACCGCAACACCCGUGCCCCAAUCUCCUAG